UUUAGACGGCAGGAUACGAGGUUAAGACUGAAGGAUAUUUUAUAGAAUGGCGAUACUCUGGUUUGUAUGCAUCCUAGCUGCGGCAGAAUGCAUCUUCUGUGCUCCAGCUGACAACAUUUACAGCAAUCAGGCGAACAACAAGUGGUUCAAGGAUGGAAUUGAUCUAACCAAAAAGAAUGUAAAUCUAGAACCGAACACAAAGCCUGCAAAGAAUGUAAUCCUCUUCUUAGGUGACGGCAUGGGAAUCAGUACAACAACAGCUGCAAGAAUUUUUGAUGGUCAAAGUCGAAGUGAAAACGGAGAAGAGAAUGUUUUGAGUUGGGAAAAAUGGCCGUAUACGGCGUUAUCAAAGACUUACAAUACUGAUGCCCAGAUUCCCGAUUCAGCCGGGACUGCUACGGCUUUUGCUUGUGGCGUAAAAACCGAUGCAGGUAUUUUAGGAUUGAACGAGAAAGCAAAAUUCGCAGACUGCAAAAGUGCUAAAGGGAACGAAGUCCUCUCCAUAUUAACCUAUGCGGAAAUGGCGGGAAUGAGUACUGGUUUGAUUACGGAUACUCGUGUUACCCAUGCAACACCGGGAGCAUUCUACAGCCAUACACCAUCACGCCAAUGGGAGAAUGAUCAAAAGGCCCAGGGAGACUGUGUAGAUAUAUCAAAACAACUGAUAGACUAUCCCUACGGUGAUGGUAUCGAAGUCGUCCUUGGUGGUGGUUGGAGAAGUUUUUACAAAUGUGAAACAGUAGCACCUGAUGGCAAGCUGCUAAGCGACUCAAAUUGCCGCUUGGAUGGAAAAGAUCUAACUAAGGAAUGGGUAAAAAAGUAUGACAACGCUGCCUAUGUCACUAACAAAACUCAAUUGAAGAAUGUGGAUCCAGACAAAGUUGAUCAUUUACUCGGUUUGUUUUCAAGCACUGGUUUGACCUACGAUCUUCUUCGGGAAAAACAGAAUAGAACGUUUGAACCAACAAUGUUGGAGAUGGUGGAGAAAGCUUUGCAGAUUUUAAAGAAAAACCCGAAAGGAUUCUUUCUUCUUGUCGAAGGUGGGGAAAUCGACUGGGCACAUCAUGACGGAUAUGCUAAGAUCUCACUCUCAGAAGCCGUUCUUUUUGCCGAAGCCGUCGAGAAAGCAAAAGAAUUAACAAAAGCAGAUGAAACUUUAUUGAUUGUGACCGCUGACCACUCGCACUCAUUCGUCGUCUAUGGGUAUGCAGACCGUGGUAACCCCAUCCUGGGCUUUCAGUCAUCAACGUUCCCAGAUGGCAAACCUGGCCUAACCCUAGCCUAUGCUAACGGCCCUGGGGGUCUAAAAAAUCCGAAUCAAGGUCGAGCAAAUCUUACUGGGGUCGAUUAUAAUGCAGAUUCAUUUCGCCAACAAGCGUUGAUUUAUACCAGCAGUGAGAGCCACGCAGGCGAAGAUGUUGGCAUCUAUGCAACAGGACCGUUUGCCCAUCUCUUCCAUGGCGUGGUUGAACAGAACUACAUAUUUCAUGUUAUGGACCAUGCCUUGUGUCUUACUCAAAGCAAGCAGAAGUUCUGCACCAAGCCCCCUGUCCGCGGUGGUCCCAUGAAAUCUGCCAGCGAAAGGUCUAUAUUCAACGCAUAUUUUGUGUUUACUACAUUGCUGAUUUCUCAAGCUAUUACUCAUGAACUUAAUCCAAACAUUUAGAGAAUACACAUAGUUCGUCCAGAAAGCAACAGGAUUUUACGUUGUACUUAAUGUCCCAAUAAUAGUUGAUAUAGGUCAAGGAAACGGAUAACCUGCAUGCUAAGCGAUUAGAGAGGUCUCUAAUUUUAAUGUUAAAUCUCUUUAAAUAAUGUCUCAAAUAAGUAAUGUGCCGCUCACAUAGGAAUAGUUUCAAAUUUUUUGUUAUAAAAAUUCUAAUUUACAUCCAAAAUA